UCUACCUACGUAUUUACACAAUCGUUUAUCUACAUACAUACAUACAGAACAGACACUCGUUCAACACACACACACACACUCACCACCAGUCCAACCCAACCACCAAAACCACCAAAAUGUCCUCCACCACCACCACCACAUGCAGCACAGCAUCCAACAUCUACAUCCUCCCCAUCCAAGACGCGGCCUGCGCCCUCCCCAACACCGGCAACGCCACCAGCAUAAUGAGCAAAUGCUGUUCCCCCGCCCCGCCCACAACCUACGACAACGACUGCGGAAUCUACUGUCUAGCGCAAGAGCAAUCCGUGCAUGAUCUGCUGGGCUGUAUUCAGGCCAAUGGGGCUGUCACGGAGCCGUUUUGCUCGGGGAAUAUGUCUGCCACUGCGACGGCGGCGGUGGUGAGUGUGAGUACCACGGGGAGUGGGGGGAGUACAGGGACGAGGACGGGGAGUGCGGCGAGUGGGACGCAUACGGGGGGUGCCGGGGGGGUGAGGAAGGUGGGAUUGGGGGUGUUGGGGAUGGUGGUUGUUAGUGCGGUUUGGGGGGGUGGGUUGGUUUAGGGUAGUAUAUUAUGUUGGUGGUUGGGAUGGGGUUAGGAUGUUGUAUUAUUCUAAUGAGUUUCGGAUACAUGUUGAUAUCUAUAAUCAUUUCAUCUAAUAUCAGUGGGUAUCACACCCCCCCCCCCCACUCCCCCGUACUUCAACACGCACCCAGAAACUCGCCCC